UCAAUAACUUCAGGGAAAGAAAAUACAAGAUCCUUAAAGGGCUCUUUAAUCUAGCACAAAAAGGCAAAACAAGAACCAAUUGCUGGAAUUUAAACCCAGGCAAAUUCAGCUUUAAAAAGGCACCAUUGUUUAACCAGAAGGGUGAUUAACCACUGCCAGGGAAGUGGUGGAUUCUCCUCCCUUGAUGUCUCAAGUGAAGGCUGGAGGCUUUUCUGGAAGAUAAGAGAGACAAGGCAAAAAGGUGGGAGCAGAAGCCAUGUGUGCAAAGAACAGAUCCCCUUGUUAGACACCUAGAGCAUCUGUCCUCCUGGGAGUGGACUCCCAAGGGUGGUGAAGGGAGAAGCAACUGCAUAGGAUUCCUGUUUGCCCCCUCUCUGGGGCUGUAUUGACUGAGGAUGGACCCUGUGGCUCGGCCGAGUGGGGAUAUCAUGAGGCGGAAUCCACAGCAGGACUAUGAGCUCAUCCAGAGGGUGGGGAGUGGCACGUAUGGAGAUGUCUAUAAGGCCAGAAAUCUUCAUACAGGAGAGUUGGCUGCUGUAAAAAUUAUCAAGUUAGAGCCAGGAGAUGAUUUUUCAUUGAUACAGCAAGAAAUCUAUAUGGUUAAAGAAUGUACACACUGCAACAUUGUAGCCUACUUUGGAAGCUAUCUCAACCGUGAAAAGCUGUGGAUCUGCAUGGAAUACUGUGGAGGUGGAUCACUUCAAGACAUUUACCAUGUAACCGGACCACUGUCAGAGUUACAAAUUGCAUAUGUAUGCAGAGAAACUUUACAGGGUCUUGCUUAUUUGCACAUGAAGGGCAAAAUGCACAGAGAUAUUAAGGGUGCAAAUAUUCUGCUAACAGACCAUGGAGACAUAAAAUUAGCUGACUUUGGUGUAGCAGCAAAAAUAACAGCCACCAUUGCGAAGAGAAAAUCUUUUAUUGGUACCCCUUACUGGAUGGCCCCAGAAGUUGCAGCAGUGGAAAAGAAUGGUGGUUACAACCAACUCUGUGAUAUCUGGGCAGUUGGCAUAACAGCAAUCGAACUUGGAGAACUUCAGCCACCUAUGUUUGACCUUCAUCCAAUGAGGGCUUUGUUUUUAAUGUCUAAAAGUAACUUUCAACCUCCAAAGCUCAAGGAAAAAGCAAAAUGGUCAUCAACAUUCCAUAAUUUUGUCAAAAUAGCACUUACCAAAAAUCCAAAGAAGAGACCAACCGCAGAAAGACUCCUUACUCAUAGUUUUGUAGGACAACCCGGUCUCUCGAGAUCUCUAGCAGUUGAGCUGUUGGACAAAGUAAAUAAUCCUGAAAACCAUACACAUUACGGUGAAGCUGAUGACGAUGAUUUUGAGCCUCACUCUGUUAUUCGUCACACCAUUCGCUCUACAAACAGAAAUGCUAGAGCAGAAAGAACAGCAUCAGAGAUAAAUUUUGACAAGCUGCAAUUUGAGCCUCCCUUACGGAAAGAAACAGAAGCUCGGGAUGAAAUGAUUGUGGCAGCAGGCACAGACUUUGCUUCACACUGGAAUCCUUUUGUUGAUGGUGGAAGCAGCAGCAAGGGACCGUUCACAAAAUUUGGCGAUGGCAGUGAAGAUGUUGAAGAGUCAACCCUAAAGCGAGCAGGGCCACCACCACUGCCUCCUAAGCCAAGGAUAAACAAUUACCCUGAGGAAAGCCUUGCGGAUGAUGAGAAGUCUCAGACAAUAAAACACUUUCCAGAUUCACAGAGUAGAGCGCUGCCGGCUCAUAGGAGACAGAGUAUUCCAACUUGUGGUUCUCAAGCUGAGCCGUCCCCCAUUGGUAUGACUAGCAGUCUCAGCAGCCCUGGACUGCUUACAGCUAGAUACAGUGACGUGGGAAAUGGGGAUAGUAUGCUGAAACUCAUUGAGGAAAAUGCAGAAGGUUCUGGACAGGUCCCCCAGCUGCCACGUAAAAAAGACAAAAGAGACUUUCCAAAGCCAGCCAUCAAUGGUCUACCGCCGACACCAAAGGUGCUGAUGGGAGCAUGUUUUUCAAAAGUUUUUGAUGGCUGCCCUUUGAAGAUUAACUGUGCAACGUCAUGGAUACAUCCUGAUACUAAAGAUCAGUAUAUUAUCUUUGGAACUGAAGAUGGUAUUUAUACGUUGAAUCUGAAUGAACUUCAUGAAGCAACAAUGGAACAGUUAUUUCCCCGAAAGUGUACCUGGCUGUAUGUUAUCAAUAAUACUUUAAUGUCGUUGUCAGAAGGAAAAACGUUCCAGCUCUACUCCCAUAACCUAAUAGCUUUGUUUGAACAAGCCAAAAAAACAGGAUUUGCUGCUCAUAUGCAGACUCAUAGGUUCCCUGACAAAAUAUUACCAAGGAAGUUUGCCUUAACAACAAAGAUUCCUGAUACAAAAGGAUGCCACAAAUGCUGCAUAGUAAGAAAUCCAUACACAGGACAUAAAUACCUUUGUGGAGCAUUGCAGUCUGGAAUUGUUUUACUUCAGUGGUAUGAACCAAUGCAGAAAUUCAUGUUAAUAAAGCACUUUGAUUUUCCUUUGCCAACCCCCCUGAAUGUGUUUGAAAUGCUCGUGAUACCGGAGCAGGAAUACCCCAUGGUUUGUGUGGCUAUUAGUAAGGGCACAGACCCAAGUCAAGUAGUUCAGUUUGAGACAAUCAACUUGAACUCUGCUUCUUCAUGGUUUACAGAAAUUGGUGCAGGCAAUCAGCAGUUAGAUGCGAUUCAUGUAACACAGCUGGAAAGAGACACUGUUCUAGUCUGCUUGGACAAAUUUGUGAAAAUUGUGAAUUUACAAGGGAAGCUGAAAUCGAGCAAGAAGCUGGCCUCUGAGCUAAGUUUUGAUUUCUGCAUUGAAUCUGUAGUGUGCCUUCAAGACAGUGUACUGGCUUUCUGGAAACACGGCAUGCAGGGCAAAAGCUUUAAGUCAGAUGAAGUUACCCAAGAGAUUUCGGAUGAAACCAGGGUUUUCCGCUUAUUGGGAUCAGACAGGGUUGUAGUGCUAGAAAGUAGGCCGACAGAAAACCCAACUGCACACAGCAAUCUCUACAUCUUGGCUGGACAUGAAAAUAGUUACUAAGCAACAGUAACCCAAUGCAAAUAACAAGAGAAUGAAUCCAUCACAUAAGGAAAAAAGAACCAUUAAGGAAACUCAAAUACAAGCUGGACUGUAACUUACUUCUUCUCUUCUUGAGAUCUUAAUUAUCUGGUCUGUAGGGUAGAAAUCAAUAUUGUACUUUUCGCAGCUGGAAACAGCUAGUUCUGUCUCUUGCCACUGUGUGGCUGGUUAUAUCAAGUUUGCUUAAUAAAAGCUUUGAGAUAAAUAGUCCUUUAUUUGUUAAUCCUAGGGAAACACAGCCUUUAAAAAAAAAAUGCAAUAAAGGUGCCAUAAAAAGUUAGAUAUUUACUUCCUCUGGGUUGUCCUUAUAUCCUGUAGAUAUAAAUAUAGUGCUGGCCAAUUCCCUUUAUACUGAGUCUUAUUCUUAAUAAAGAUGAUUUGCGCAGGAAGUGAAAGGAUCAGCAAUGCUUUUCAUUUUUAAAUCUGCCAUUCUGUAUGGCUUUGUAAAAUAGACUAUUUAAUCGUUAUUUAUUAAUCUGCUGCUAGAGUGGUGUAAUGUAUCUAACUUUUAGCAAAAGAAGGUUGCAGAGCAGCUUAGCAUUUUUUUACAGUUGUAUAAAGAUUUGAUUAUUCUUGGUCCUUGUAGAGAUGUAGCGCAUUGUUGAAGGGGGUUAUAGUACAAUGUUGGUUGUUCCUGUAUAAAUGCAAUUUUGUACAACAAAGUAUUUUGUAUUCAUUUUGCCUACGGAGUUGCCAUAAAAGGGAGUUUCAUAUUUACUGAAAUAACAGGUGUAGAGUAUAUACAAAAGGUAAUAUUGACACCUGAAAUGUUAUUCGCGGGUGGGUGUGUACAGUAUAUGUGUGAGUGUGUGUGUGUCAUUGACAGGCAGUGUAUAUGUAAUAUAUACAUGCUUUAUUUUCAUAAAUUAGGGAUAACCUGUGUGAAAUUAAACGGACGCAUAAGAGGAUUGUGCCUGGUCAUCCUUAAGGAAUGAGAAUAACGUAUCCCACUGCCCACAACAUGUAUUUUAUUUAUACUAUUCCAGAGGGGAGUCUGUAGGGUAACUAUGCUUCUAAGCUUUUGGUAUGUAUAGUUGCUCACAUUGUUUGUCAGACUGUCAUUUAGUGAUGGUUGUUUCCCAGCUCUAGAGUAUAAAUAUCUGUGAUAAGAAGCCGUAUUCUAUAAUAAAGCUUUGGGUCACAUCUCCUGUUACCCCUUCCCCCCUUUUUAGUUUGUCAUCCGUACUUUAUCACCUUAUUCCUCCAUUAAAGAGUCACAUUGCUU